AUGCUGGAUCAAGCCCAGCAUAGGCUAUACAGACGCCUCUGGGCACUUCUUUGUGUUUUAACGCUUUCUUGUCAUGUAUUUGCGACUGUCUUGAUCAUUAUUUGUUCUCCCAACAUAAUAGUGUUGAGACGGAGUAUCUUCCAGACAGGAUUGUAUUGCCCUGUAUUUUUGCAGUAUGUUUGUCUCCUAAGUUUCAUGCAACUUUCGAAAAAAUAAAAUCUGAGACUAUUAAAACUCUUCUUCCCAAUGUGAAAUUCUUCCCAAACUCUUUUAUUUCAAGUACCUAGAUUAUUUUGUGACUGCUGAACUGAUUAGGUACGUUAAAACUAACACCAGCCAUACAAUGAUUUUCUUUUCAAUGCAGUUUGGAAGUGGCAAGAAGCUGGGGGCAGUUGUGGGAUGCCAGCACACUUAUGUUUAUCCUCCCUCUCUGAAGAAAGUUGCGAGGGAAAUAAUCUCUGGUGAUCAGCUGGUGGAUACUCCAGAUCCCACACAUGUAGGGGUAACUAUAGUUUCCUAGUAUAGGGGAUGGAUUUUUGUUUAUUAUUUACAAAGUAAAAUCCAAAAGAGAAUAACGGCCGCUUGAAAUGUAACAUCCCAGCUACAUUGAGCCCUUUUGCUCAUUUGCCACAAACUCUGGGAGCACUGAGGGGAGAGUUGAAAACAGGGAGAGUUGACCUCUGAACAAGAUUGUGAUAUCAAUACUUUUUCCACCGAAAUAGCCAACAUGGCAUAGAUUUCAUUUUGAUUAUUUUUUCCAGGUUUUCAAGGUGAACAUUGGGUGA